GCCCCUUCCCGCCAAAGAUGCGACUCCAUGUGGUGAGUGGGGCAAAAUGGCGACAGCAGCCCUGAUGCAAUCACUGAAGCUGUUUGCCUGGGUGAUUGCUUGGUUGGCGUCUUCGGUGCCGGCAGUUGCGCUGUCACUGGAUAGUGCAGAGCUGGUGCAUGACUACACCAUUCUGCUGCUGCGCUUCAACUCCAAGGCUAGAGAGUUUGCAGAGAAUGGGACUGAUGUCCCUCAGUGUGACUCGAUCCUUGCAACAGCCACAGUGCAGAAGAUUGGCACACUGCCAUCGUGCCAGUGGUUUAUGGAGGGCCAAGUGCUCCAGGUCAGACUGGGAGAAGGGCCAAGCAUAGCGCCUGGACAAGCAGUAUCCACGCUGGCAUCAGCUUUAGCAGCAAAAGAUGCCGAUCCACUCACAGCGGCUGGGUCGCUCACUGCCUCUGUCACCACCAAGCUUUCGGCACUUGCACCUGAAGCGAGUCUACAGAUUUGGCCUCCCCAGGCUAAGCCCUGCAGCUCAGUGAUCCUCAGUGGUGCUCAGUCAACCGGUGCAGCGGGUCGAGCAUUUGUUGUGGCUUGGAGCUUUGGCAGUGCAGACGUGGCUACUGGAACCUUGCAGGCAUAUUUGACUGCUGCCAGCGCCUCCAAUUCUCUGAAGUUGGAAAUUCCAGGCUCUGCACUGUCAGCAGCGGUAUCGUCCAGCUCGGCAAGUCUGGUGCAAUUCGAGAUCAUACUCCAAAUCACCAACUGGCUUGGCCUUUCACACAAUACCUCCGACAUCCUGACAGUAGAUCGAAGUGGGAUAGCAGUGCCAUUGGUGUACCCGGCAUCCAUCACAAACCGAAGGAUUCAAAGCAAUCAAGCCGUGACCUUCAGUAUUACUACAAGGUAUGCUGAUGAGUCAGCAUGUGGCACUGCCGUCUCUCUACCAAGCAACCCCAUUUCUGAGAGCUGGUCCUAUCUCAAUUCUUCCAGCUGGUUACCGCUGGAAAGCGUUGUGUCGUCUGACUCUGCCAGGGAGCCCUGGAAAGUGGACCUCCCGGCAUAUUCCUUCGCGCCGGGAUCCUCUCACCAGUUGAAGGCCACUGCAUCGUAUGGCUCCGGAACAGUCCGAGAACAUGUCUUUGGUCUGGAAGUUUCAGCAGCACAGCCUCCAAUCAUUCGCAUCUCUGGGCCAUAUGUGGUCUCUGAGACUUGUAGCUUUACACUGGAUGCUUCAGCAUCUUCCGAUCCUGUAGCACCUGGCACCAAUGACUUGGUCUUCUAUUGGUCUUGUGCUUCUGGAACUGGCACGUUUAAUUGCCGCACUCUCAGCAACUUUGGACCCGGGACCUGGAUAUUGCAGAAUGGCACUGGGAGUUCUGGUCCCCUCCUCAUUGUGGAUGGCAACCAGUUGCUGGAAGGGAAUUAUACCUUCACGCUGCAAGUGAUUCGACAGUCGGAUCAGGCUGUUAGCUCGAGUACAUGGACUGUGGACGUCACAAAAACUGCCAGCAUUUCGAUUUCCAUAUCGCCCUCAUGGUACGAAGGGCAACCGGUGUCAACACAAGCUAACAACGAUUACAGCCCUUCAAGCACGGCAUUUCUUCGGACUGGGCAGGGCUGUGGUGACAAGGAAGCUCUUUGGUCCUGGGCACUAGUGGAGGCUGAUAGUCCGUUCAACAUCUUGACCUACCUGGACUCUCCUUCAAAUGCUUCAGAGACCUCCUAUUCAGCGACCGAUCUGCUGUAUGACUACUUGCUUCCAAGCCAGCGCUAUGCCUUGGCACUGAUGGAACAGACAGAUCAGACACCCUCCUCACUGGAGCAGGCAGAUAUGUUGGGUCUCAGUUUCUCCCGUACCGUGCCUUUCUUGGCAGAUGCUCCACCUGCAGGGGGCGGCCUGACAUGUGUCCCAAUGCAGGGAGUCGCUGCCACAACUGAAUUCUUCAUUACAUCCUCUGGAUGGUAUGACGAAGAUAUGAGCAAUCUAUCAUUUGCAUUUUACCGAUUCCCUUUGCCCUCUGGUGUGGCUUUGGCGAGUGAUGGCAGUGGAGGCGUGUCGGUGACAGGUACCUUCAGCCCACCAGAGGUAGAAUGGAAGGACACCAGCAGUGCCAACCAUUGGAUGAACUUGGGAGGCGUUUGUUUGGGGUACAGCCAGUUGCCUUUGCAGCUUCGCUUGCCUGCUGGGCAGCACAUGCUGGCGGUGGUGGUGCAGGAUAGCCAGGGGGCCGUCAGCAGUACCUUCAUGGCUGGUCCUUUGGUGACGGUGUCCCCAUCUGUUUCUGAAGUAGAGCUUGGCCUUUCCGUCUCAUUGGUCUCAAACAACGCAGAGAUUAUCCUCAGCAUGUUGGAUGCGACUUUGACGGAGCAAGUGGAUACCAGCAAGGAGGUGCAAGCAUUUGCCACUGCAGCCUCCAUUGCGGACUUGUCAGAGACCGGGCUCUGCCGCCUGAGCAGAGUUGCCAACAAUCUGCUAGCAGACGCCACGCCAGCAACAGCGGAGUCCAUUUCAGGAGCCGUCAGCACCGUCCUUGCUGACAUCGUGCAGAUCCCUUCAGUUGGUGUGAAUCGGCUACUGAGCGUCGUCUUCUCUGUGGCCACCUCGUAUUCAGCAGCAGAGCUCGACGAGGUGAUUCUGCGAACCCAGCAACUGAACUCAUUGGCUAUGGAACUUGGAAAUGCCAUCCUUGCCACAGUUUCAGUUCAUGGUUCGCAAAAUCUUAGCUAUGUGGAUGCAACUGGAAGGGGCCUCCAAGUUUAUGUUGCGAAGAAGAGAGUGCGUGAUUUGCCAUAUGAUGGCAUUUCUGUUGGAGGACUUCGGAUGCCAGACUACGCCUUCCAAACAGCACCGCUGUUGAGCUACCUGUUGGAGGUGGGCCCAGCGUGCUCCACAGUGGAGGUGCAGUUGACCACCUGGUUGAAGAGCAACCCCUAUUCCUGGGCCAACAACGUGAGCAAUGAGAGCACCCACGUAGCCACGCUUGUCACCACCGAUGCUACUGUGGUUGUGCUUGAAAUACGUCAUUGCUUGAGCCAAGAGAUCCUCAACCUGACCAAUCGGCAGCUCACGCUUUCGCUGCCACUGCCAGACAUGCCAACAGAGCCCCCACCUUCAGGGUACCUCUACGAGGCGACUUGCGCCGUUUUCGAUCCCGACAAGUUGCAAUGGACCAGACAAGGACUUCGCUCGAAGCAAUUGCAGGAGACUGUGGAAUGCACUGUCGCCAGCGGAAACGGCGUCGCCAUUCCCUUCACCGUCUUUUACAUGCCAAUGCCAGUGCCCGAAGAAGAUGAACCAGUGAAUGUGGGCAUAAUGGUAGUUGCCAUCAUUGUCUUCUUCUUGUGCUUGGGGGCUGUAGCCUGGAGCAACGGGCAGAAGGGAGCGGACAAGGUGGCCCCGGAGGAUGACAGUAUAGCUCCCCCGGAGAAAGCAGAAGAAUCUGCAUCUGCAGUGCAGGAGGUGCCAGAGGCCUCGCCAGUGGUGCCAGAUCCUGUGGCCCCUGCUGAGCUGGCAGAGGCCUCGGUGCCGGUUGAGCCACAAGCCUCGGUGCCCAGAUCUGGGCCCGGCAACGAAGCCAUCGAGGCCCACUUUCAGGACUGGGAGAAGGAAGUCUCGCCCAAGUCCACGACCACGCCAGCAGCAGGCCCUGGGCCACCAGAAGUGGCUUCAAGCCCAGCUCCUGGGCAGUCUGUGGAGGUACGAGUGGAUACGAAUGAUUCAGCUCCAUCCAAUUUGCCCAGGCAUCCUGAGGAUUUACCUGGACAGCCUGAUGUACCAGAAAGAUAA